AGGAAGCGUCAAACGUUAUCCCGUGGAUCUUGUUAUUGCUCGGAAAGCCGAUUAUUUUCACUAUUUACACACUACAACAAUCGCCAGUUUUUUUUUUAUUUUUUAUUACCGUCUCAUUGAUUUCGACAACCAACGUUUCUUUGCGUUAGGCUUCGAUAUAAUCGCUCCAAGAUGUCUUCUGAGGAGUUUGAAAAGCUGCAUGAGAUGUAUAAAUCUCUGUAUGACGAAGUGAAGUUGAUGCCUGAACGGGCGCAGAAGUGCCAGGGAGAGGAAAGGAAGAGGAUUGUCAGGGACUUUGAUGAGCGUUUUUCAGAGGCUGAAGAAGUGCUCCAGGGCAUGGAACAGGAGCUGUUUGGUGCUCCAUCAUCCUUCCGAACCCCCAUGUCAACAAAGAUUCGACUAUACCGGAGAGAUCUGGCCAAACUACAGAGGGACAUACGCCUCUCAGCGACACAGGGGUUUUCAAGUCACACUGGAGAUGGCCGACAAGGGAUUUAUGCUGCUCAGAAUGACCAGAGUACUCAUCUGCAGUCUCAGCGUGCUUUGCUUAUCCAGGGGACAGAGUCUCUAAAUAAUGCGUCAAAGAGUAUUGAGCGAAGCCAACGGAUUGCGGCAGAGACGGACCAGAUUGGCACAGAUAUCAUCGAGGAGCUUGGAGAACAGAGAGAUCAACUGGACCGCACCAGAGACAGAUUGGUUCACACUGGUGAGAACCUGAGCCGAAGCAGGAAAAUUCUGCGUGCAAUGUCCAGGCGACUGGUGACAAACAAACUACUGCUAUCAGUCAUUAUCAUCAUAGAGCUGGCCAUCUUGGCAGGGGUGGUCUACUUGAAGUUCUUCCGCAAAUAAGAACUGAUACAAACAAGACUGUAUAAGACUCCACCUUUCCUUCUCCUUAUUUCUGAUGUUCACGGGUGUCUGGCCUGAUGACA